CUCGGUCCUCCCCCGGCUCCGCGCGGACUGCCGCCGGUCUGGUUAAGCGCUUGUCAGCCCGCGCCUGGCGUCCGCAGCCCCGUGUCCAGGCUUCACGAGAACACCCGCGACGCCCUUCAACGCCAGCGGCUCUUCGGCUGGGAUGUGCAAAUGGAGGCCAGAGGAGACGCUGCUGCCCCAGUCCCCGGGGGCGUGGAGGACUUGGAGGACUCGCACUUCCUCAGUGAGGGGAGAGGAGACAGCAGAAGGGUUCACACGAGCCCGCCGGACCCGGGAGACGAGGACCAAGAGGAAACAGGACCCAAAGCCAAGAACCAGCCACCCAGUCUACCAUCUCCACUGGUCCAGCCUGAAACUCCAUCAAGCACCUGUGGUCCCUGGAAUACUGCCUCAGACAGUAGUCCCACUCAAGGCCCAGAGAUUAGCUCUGAGGGCCAGAGUGGAGACCCUAAUGAUGAGGACUGGCGCUGCCAACGGAAGCAUGUAUUUGUGUUGAGUGAGGCUGGUAAGCCCAUCUACUCACGAUAUGGCAGUGUUGAGGCACUGUCAGCCACCAUGGGUGUGAUGACAGCUCUUGUGUCCUUUGUGCAGAGUUCAGGAGAUGUCAUCCGUGCCAUCUAUGCUGAGGACCACAAACUGGUAUUCCUACAGCAAGGCCCACUUCUGCUGGUGGCUGUGUCCCGGACUCCUCAGUCUGCAGCACAGCUGCGGGGUGAGCUGCUGGCUGUGCAUGCACAGAUUGUGAGCACAUUGACACGCGCAAGUGUGGCCCGCAUCUUCGCACACAAACAGAACUAUGAUCUCCGUCGUCUGCUGGCUGGUUCAGAGCGCACAUUGGAUCGGCUUCUGGACAGUGUGGAACAAGACCCAGGUGCCCUGCUCUUAGGUGCUGUGCGCUGUGUGCCCCUGGCCCGCCCACUGAGGGAAGCCUUGGGCACACUGCUGCGGCGGUGCACAGCUCCUGGCCUGGCCCUGUCUCUGCUAGCCGUCGGUGGUCGGUUGAUAACAGCAGCUCAGGAGCGGAAUGUGCUGGCUGAGUGCCGGCUGGACCCAUCAGACCUCCAGUUGCUACUCGACUGGGUGGGCGCACCAGCCUUUGCUGCAGGUGAGGCAUGGGCACCUGUUUGCCUGCCUCGCUUCAACCCAGAUGGUUUCUUCUAUGCCUAUGUGGCCCGCCUGGAUUCCAUGCCUGUCUGCCUGCUGCUGCUUGGCACCCAUCGUGAAGCCUUCCAUGCCAUGGCUGCCUGUCGGCGCCUGGUUGAGGAGGGGAUGCGCACCCUUGGUGCCCUGCGUGCCCUUGAGGAGGCUGCCAGCUUCUCUAAUGGUCCUGCAGUCAAUGUCCCUUCCUACAGUGUGCAUGCUGUGGGAGCACCUGGCCUACGACACUUCCUCUAUAAGCCACUGGACAUCCCUGACCACCACCGCCAGCUGCCACAGUUCACCAGCCCUGAGCUCGAGGCCCCAUACAGCAGAGAGGAGGAGCGGCAGCGGCUCUCAGACCUGUACCACCGCCUGCAUGCUCGCCUCCACAGCACCUCCCGACCCCUGCGCCUCAUUUACCACGUGGCUGAGAAGGAGACGCUGCUGGCCUGGGUGACUUCCAAAUUCGAGCUGUAUACCUGCCUCAGCCCCCUGGUGACCAAGGCAGGUGCCAUCUUGGUAGUGACAAAACUUCUGCGCUGGGUGAGGAAAGAGGAGGACCGGCUUUUCAUUCGUUACCCACCUAAGUACUCUACACCCCCAGUCACCUCUGCGGACCAAGCUCCCCAUAAUGGCUUAUUCACUGGACUUUGACUGCUUGAGUGAUGAUCACUUUUGGGUUUCACCUGUCUCCACCCUGGAAAUGUGUGUGUGCUGUGGGGGAGGGGUCUGUGAAGGGCUGGUCCCUGUCUCCCUGGGCAAUUGGGUUAGAUCUGAGUGCCUGCCCACAAGUGGGAGAUGGGUGGCAGCAGCUGGGGGGCACAGGCUGCUCUCCCAGCCCAGGCAAGAACCUCCACUUCUGGAGAAGUCCAAAGCCGCCUCUGCCUCAUGUUGGAAGAUGUUACAGCUUCUCCGCAACUGCCCACUCCAGACCUGCUGCAGAAAUCUUACCAAUACACGUCCUAAGACACAGGAGCAUGCCUGAAGCUGAGGAUGGGUUACGGUUAGGGUUUCUGGGAGAGGCCAGUGGGAGUUCUAGAAUUGGAAAAACAGAGCCACUUUUGUACCUGGAACCAGCUUGGGGGUAUUUUUAAGAAAGUGUACAUAAAAGGACUAAAAUGAAUCCCCACACAGCAUUCACGUACUUAUUUUUACUCUGCCAAAAUAAAUGAACCCCAAUUUUUGCUAUUUCCCAAAUUAAUAAGAAGGUGGCCUCCAGUGUCUACCUGUGUAACAGCACAUAGCACAUUUCACGUAGUGGCAAAAAUGCAACAGUUUUAUGGAGACGCACUCAUUUUUCUCUUCCCUGGAACAACUUUUUAUCACAGGCUCUUUGGGGGAUUUGUAAAGGUCUUGGAACUCUCAUUACCAUUACGUGGCACUUACCCAGAUUUCAACAACCUAAAGACGACACUCCUCCCUACGGUUGGAGUGCACACCCCCCACAUCCCAACUGCCCACUUCUCUAGUUGUCUUGGUCUAGCGUGAAGGUCUCUCGUACUGUAUGUUCUACGCUUGCUCCAUACGUUGCCCUGGAGUGUUGUAGUACGCAUGCGAGUGUUGUAGUACGCAUGCGUGCUGCUUCCUUGUCCUUUCUUUUUUUUUUGAACCAAUCGUCGUCUAAGGCACAUGCGCAGACCCUGUGUUGCAAAUGGCGGGGAAGCUGCAAUCUUUGGAGGAGGAGUGGCCAGAAGGAGAAGUCCAGGAGGAGGCUGAAGGUAGUGAGCACCAGGGUGUGGACCCAUCCUACAAAGUGCCAAAGGGAGGGAGCAUUUUACCCAUUACAGUGAUGAUUGAAGUAACUUUCUGAAAAAGCAAAAAUUUAAACCUUUAAUUACGGAACCCGUCUAACCGUCCUACAAAGUGGAAAUAAAUAGUGUGCACAUGCUCAUCUAGAUUAACUCUGCCAACUUCAUUGUAUGUUUUUAGUAUGAAACAAAACAGUCCAGUACGCACGCACUACUAUUUAAAAACAAAAAUACCAGGGAGGGUGGUUCUCACAAAAAUCACAUUGCUGCCACCCUUAAUUGAAGUAAUUCCUUAAUAUUGUCAUUUCACACCCAGCCUGGAUCACAUUUUGCAUAGAUCUUCAAGUCUCCUACUCUAAAUGCAUUUCCUACCCUGUUCAAAUUCGCUUUGACGUUAAUAGUGACAGGUCAUUUCCCGAAAUCUCGCCUAGAAACUUCUGGACAUAGCAGUCUCACCAAAAGAAAAGAAAAAAAAAAGAAAAUCUCCCAAGCUAAUGGUGCCUGUAAGAUUUUUGCUUUAAUGAUAGAAAUUUUCAGUGUAACCCAAAUAGACAAAAGCACCAUAAAUACCCCUCACUGUGCUUCAGUCUGUGGUCAGCUUUCUGCCCUCUUCAUUUUCUCUUAACUCCCUUCACACUCUUUAAACCACUCCAGUAACAAACAUGGGAGAUUACCAGCCUACCGAUGCAGACUUCAAAAUAAUAAAUUAUUUGCUUUUCGGCUGCCUGCCCUAGGAAAUUAUCUCUCACUGCUUUUUUUUCCCAGUACCAGCACCUGCAUGGUACUUAGUCCUCAGUAAAUAUUUAGUGGUAAAUAAUGAAAUGAUUUUCACAGACUUUGUCUUAGAUUAGAGCCACAUGUUGAGUUCCAGCUUUCAACAUUUAUGUAGUUGCUACUGUGGUUAAAAAAAAAAAAAACAACUUUAAUAUCCUUUCAGAUUCCUCAAAAUUAAGUAAUGGUUAACUAAAUUAGCAAUGGAGAAAAUUGAAUAGUAUAUUAAUAAGUUGCAAUUUUUUAUCCAUCAAAUCGGUUUGGGGAAGGAAGGAAAAAUAGCACUGAUUAACUUGGGAAUAGAGGCCCUGUCUUGCUUCAUGAGGAGAACUGGUCCAUAAAGGCUUUGCUAGGGGCAGGGUGGCAGGAUAUUUUCAGGAGGAUGCUAUUCCAUCUGUAUCACCCAUGUUAGGUUAGGUACAAAGACUACACAAGUGCAUGGGCCACAGUUGGAUGUGAGAGUGUGUUAAUGGAGUCCAAGAAGUGAUCACAGAAAAGACCAAAUGUUUGUGCAUAUUACCAGUGGAAUUUUGAAGAGAUAGAGCAAAAUAAUUUUAAAUAGAGAGUAUCAUUAACACAAGAAACUCCAAAAGGGGUCAUGUUUUUAGUCGUGGGGGUCAGUUGAAAUUUAAACAGAAGAAAGGGAAUUGCAUUUUGUAUGUUCCACAGAAAAGAGUCUCAAUGGCGAAAACCUUUUCAUAGCACUGUACAAGGGACCAGGGUGAGGAUGGUAGCAGAACUGGAGGCAUUUUUGUGAUUCAUUUAUUUAUCUUUUAGGAAAACAGUACUAUGUAAUUUUAAACUAUAAGAGGAAAAAGGGAAUAUUUGAUGUCUGAAAAUUAUAUAUUAACAUUGGAUUUUAAUGGUUAUUCUGCACUUACUUGAUAGUGCCAGUAUAUAGGAAAUAUGCACUGGAAUAUUAAAAGAGUAAUGGAUCCUAAUAUCUGCAGCUCACAGUUCAGAAACACUUGAAAAAUGGGGACUCUGAUACAAGGGCCUAUUUCUACAACUUUUGUGUACAUCUGAAAAUAUUUCAAAAUAAAAUGUUACAAGGAUUCAUA